AUGCUAUCCAGUGGCCAUUAUAAACAAGCAGGCCAGCAGGUUUAUUUUUGCGUUACUAAUUACUACUGCUUGUCAUCAUCUCCGAGAGAGACUCAGAAAAAAAUGAGUAGUGUAGAGAAGAGUAGUAAUGGAGAAAAGAAGAAGAAGAAAAACGGGUCGAUACGCUCCAUUUUCGCGCAUGCAGAUGGAGUGGACAUGUUGUUGAUGACUCUAGGGUUGCUCGGAGCCAUUUUUGAUGGAUUGACCUCGCGGUUGCUUGCCGUUCUCGCUAGCAGGUUGUUUAACCUUAUGGGGAGAGCGGACAAACAUGGAGCCUCAGAUUUCGACGCACAUAUUUUGCACCGUUAUAUCAAUAAGGACGGAAUACUCGCUUUCGUUUACUUAGCUUUGGCGUCGUGGGUUGCUUGUUUCUUAGAGGGUUAUUGUUGGACAAGAACAGGGGAGAGACAAACUGCAAGAAUGAGAAGUAGGUAUUUGAAAGCAGUGUUAAGGCAAGAUGUAGGUUACUUUGAUUUGCAUGUAACAAGCACAUCCGAGGUCAUCACAAGCAUCUCAAACGACAUUCAGGUCAUCCAAGAUGUGCUUGGUGAAAAGGUGCCAGAUUUUUUAAGCAAAGUGUCAACAUUCAUCGCGGGUUACAUGGUGGCAUUUGUACUGCUGUGGGAACUGGCUAUGGUGGGACUCCCUUUCGCAUUGCUUCUGGUUGUCCCAGGUUGGAUUUGCGGAAGAACUUUAACCGGAUUAACGAGGAAGAGAAGAGAAGAGAAGAUUAAGGCCGGGACAAUAGCCGAGCAGGCAGUAUCUUCCAUUAGAACUGUUUAUGCAUUCGUUGGAGAGAACAAGACUAUAGCACAAUUUUGUACAGCUCUGCACGGGACGACAAAGCUGGUUAAAGAAGGUUUGGUUAAAGGCUUUGCUAUUGGCAGCUCCGGCAUUGCUUUCUCCAUUUGGGCUGUCAUGUCCUACUCCGGUAGCAGAAUGGUUAUUUACCACGGUGCCUUAGGUGGGACCGUUUUCGCAGUCGGCUUCUCGAUCGUCAACGGCGGAUUAGCAAUGGGAGCUGCACUAUCCAACCUGAAGUACAUUGCUGAAGCAUGCUCAGCUGGUGAGAGAAUAAUGGAGGCCAUAAAACUAGUCCCCAACAUCGAUUCAGACAACAUGGGAGGCAAAGUUUUAGAAAAUAUUUCAGGAGAAGUAGAGUUUAAGGGUGUCAAAUUUGCCUAUCCAUCAAGGCCAGAUAGCAUCAUCCUCAACAAAUUUUGCCUCACCAUACCAGCAGGAAAGACUGUUGCCUUGGUAGGUUCGAGUGGCUCGGGAAAAUCCACAGUGAUAUCUUUGCUGCAAAGAUUAUAUGACCCACUUGAGGGAGAGGUUGUUCUGGAUGGAAUUGCCAUUAAUGAGUUGCGGCUCAAGUGGCUUAGGUCACAAAUGGCAGUAGUGAGCCAAGAGCCUUCUCUUUUCUCAACCAGCAUUAAGGAGAACGUACUUUUUGGGAAGGAGGAGGAGGAUGGUGGAAUAGAGGAAGUGAUUGAGGCUGCCAAAGCUAGCAAUGCCCAUGAUUUCAUAUGUCAACUGCCUCAAGGAUACGAUACUCAGGUUGGUGAGAGAGGCAUGCAACUCUCAGGCGGACAGAAGCAGAGAAUAGCCAUUGCAAGAGCAGUAAUAAAGAAACCCAGAAUCCUCCUUCUCGACGAAGCCACCAGCGCAUUGGACUUGGAAUCCGAAAGGCUCGUCCAAGAGGCCCUCCACAAGGCAGCUGUGGGCAGAACAACCAUAGUCAUCGCGCACCGCUUGUCCACAAUCCGAAACGCUGACAUUAUUGCAGUCAUGCAAACCGGUAAUGUCAUAGAAAUUGGCUCACACGAAGAGCUGGUUCAAAGCCAAAACAGCCUCUACUCCUCAUUUGUCCGUCUCCAACAAACGAUAAAAAAUCCAGAAGAAUGCACCGCAAGUAUGUCCCUUCACUGCAACAGUACUAGUACUAGUCUUUUAUUAUUGGCUGAUCAACCGGACUCGAGUCCCAGGGUCGCUGCAUUUGACAGUACUAGUAGUGCCCGAGAAUGUCCAAACAGCACGACUAACCAGUCCAAACACACUUCGUCGUUUUGGAGAUUGCUGCCGAUUUGUCAGCCAGAGUGGAAGCAAGCAGUUUUGGGGUGUUUGAGUGCGGUUCUGUUCGGAGCAGUCCAACCGGUGUACGGAUUCAUCCAAGGCGCCACGGUGUCUCUGUUUUUCGCGACGGAUUAUGACGAGGUUAAAGAGAGAAUAAGAACCCUUGCGUUAAUAUUUUUUGGACUGUCCGUUUUUACAAUGGGGAUUAAUAUCGUCGAGCAUUACAAUUUUGCAUACGUGGGGGAGUGCUUGACUAAUCGGAUUAAAGGGAGGUUGCUUUCCAGGAUACUCACUUUUGAAGUCGGAUGGUUUGAGGAGGAUCAAAAUUCUAGUGGUGCCAUUUGCUCUAGACUGGCCAAAGAUGCUGAAAUGGUGGGAUCUUUAGUGGGUGACAGAGUGGGCUUUCUUGUACAAACAUUCGCAGGCGUAGCCAUAGCAUGGGCAAUGGGUCUAAUAAUCGCGUGGAAGCUUGCAAUCGUCAUAAUAGCCGUACAACCAAUAGUGAUUGCGAGCUUUUAUGCAAAGCGAGUGCUACUCAAAACGACCUCCACCAAAGCCGUCGAAGCCCAAGAGGAAAGCUCCAAGCUUGCGGCCGAAGCAGUCGCCAACCACCGCACCAUCACAGCCUUCUCCGCCCAAAACAAAAUUCUCAAGAUGUUGCAAAAGACGCGAGUGGGCCCACGUAGAGAGAACAUCAAAUGGUCAUGGUACGCAGGCAUUGGGCUAGGGUUUGCGCAGAGCAUCACCCUCCUCAAUUGGGGCUUGAGCUUUCUGUGGGGUGGCAUGCUCAUCUCUAACGGCCACAUCACAUCAAGAGCAGCGUUUCAAACCAUCGCCAUUUUGGUAACAACUGGCCGAACUAUUGCCGAUGCUGGAAGUAUGACGUCGGACCUUGCCAUUGGUUUGUACGCAAUCGGUUCGAUUUUCAGUGUUCUGGACCGGACGACAAAAAUUGAGCCCCAAGUUCCUGAGAACUCCCAAGUGGAAAAGAUAAGGGGCAUGAUCCAAUUUUGUCAUGUUUAUUUUGCAUACCCAACUAGGCCGAGUGUGAUGAUCUUGCAAGACUUCUCGUUCAAAAUUGAAGCAGAAAAAUCUACGGCCUUGGUGGGUCAAAGUGGAUCAGGUAAAUCGACCAUCAUUGGAUUAAUCGAGAGAUUCUACGAUCCAAUCAAAGGUGUAUUGGAAAUGGACGGUCGAGAUUUAAGGUCAUACAACCUUAGAUCAUUGAGGAAACAUAUUGCAUUGGUAAGCCAAGAGCCAAUGUUAUUCGCCGGAACCAUAAAAGACAACAUUGCAUAUGGAUCGUCCAACAAUAACGUCGACGAGGCGGAGAUCGUGGAGGCGGCCAAAGCAGCCAACGCUCAUGAUUUCAUCAGCGGGUUAAAGGACGGAUACGACACGUCGUGCGGGGACAAAGGAGUGCAGCUAUCAGGGGGACAAAAGCAACGGAUAGCAAUAGCCCGGGCAGUACUAAGAAAUCCAGCGGUGUUGCUAUUGGACGAGGCCACCAGCGCGCUCGACAGCCAAUCAGAGAAGGUGGUGCAGGAGGCGCUCGAGAGGCUGAGGGCGGGGAGGACUAGCGUCGUGGUGGCGCACAGAUUGAGUACCGUACAGAAGUGCGAAGUCAUAGUUGUGCUGGAAAAGGGGAAGGUGGUGGAGAAGGGGUCCCACUCUUCUCUGCUGGCUAAGGGGCCCGCGGGGGCUUAUCACUGCUUGGUCAACCUCCCGACGACGGAACCAUAGCUGACUAGCUGCCAAAAGCUUAUUAGUUGGUGUGGUUACUUGAGUUUUGUGUGCUUUCAACAAAAAAAAAAAAAAAAAAAAAAAACCAUGAGUUUGUGCAAUCUUGGAUUGGUACACUUAUCAAAAUUUGAGACUAAUAAAUUGUUGUAGUGCAGGUUAAUUAUACUAAAUGUAUAUAAAAAGAAAUCAAUUGUUUUUUUAUUAUAAAUAAAUAAAUUGUAGAGAAAACAAGAGAAAU